GCAUCACCAAUGGCCGACGAAAUAGUUCUACUCGACUUCUGGCUAAGUCCAUUUGCGAUGAGGGUGAGAAUCGCCCUGGCGGAGAAAGGGCUAGAAUACGAGUCCAGAGCAGAGAACGUCUUGAACAGCAGCGAUCUUCUCUUUGAGAUGAACCCUGUUCAAAAGCAGAUACCAGUUCUCAUUCACAAAAGCAAGCCCAUAUGCGAGUCCCUCAUAAUUGUAGAGUACAUAGAUGAGGUGUGGAAGAACAAAUCUCCUUUCUUGCCUUGUGAUCCUCACCAGAGAGCUCAGGCCAGGUUCUGGGCCGACUUCGUAGAGAAGAAAGUCUAUAGCCUUGGGAGGAAGAUGUUGGCUUCCACAGGGGAAGCCCAAGAAGCAGCAAAAAAGGAGCUUAUAAGCUGCUUUAAGCUGCUGGAAGGAGAGCUUGGAGAAAAGCCAUACUUUGGAGGAGAGAGCUUUGGGCUUGUGGAUUUAGCUCUCAUCCCAUCUUACUGCUGGUCCCUUUGUUUUGAGGAGUGUGGGAUGAACAUGGCCGGGGAGUUUCCAAAGAUUUUUGCUUGGGCGGAGAGGUGUAUGGACCGAGAGAGCGUGGCCAAGUCUGUCCCUGACCGGCACAGAGUCUACGCUUUCCUUGUGGAGCUCAGGAAGAGGCUUUCCACUGAACAUUAG